AUGGCUGUUGGCAUCACAAUGGAUUUUGAAAGCACCACCCUUCCUGCAGCAGUGCUAAUAACUGAUAUUACUCUUCCUUCAGCAGUGGUAAUGAAUGACACUACAAUUCCUGCAGCAGUGGUUAUAACUGCCACUACCCUUCUUUCAGCAGUGGUAAUAACUGCCCCGACCAUUCCUUCAGCAGUGAUAACUGCUACUACCCUUCCUUCAGCAGUGGUAAUAACUGCCCCUACCCUUCCUUUAUCAGUGGUAAUAACUGCCACUACCCUUCCUUCAGCAGUGAUAACUGCUACUACCCUUCCUUCAGCAGUGGUAAUAACUGCCCCUACCCUUCCUUUAUCAGUGGUAAUAACUGCCACUACCCUUCCUUCUGCAGUGGUAAUAACUGCCCCUACCCUUCCUUUAUCAGUGGUAAUAACUGCCACUACCCUUCCUUUAGCAGUGAUAACUGCUACUACCCUUCCUUCAGCAGUAGUAAUAACUGCCCCUAUCCUUCCUUUAUCAGUGGUAAUAACUGUCACUACCCUUCCUUCAGCAGUGAUAACUGCAACUACCCUUCCUUCAGCAGUGGUAAUAACUGCCCCUACCCUUCUUUUAUCAGUGGUAAUAACUGCCCCUACCCUUAUUUUAUCAGUGGUAAUAACUGCCACUCCCCUUCCUUCAUCAGUGGUAAUAACUGCCCCUACACUUCUUUUAUCAGUUAUAAUAAUGGCCACUCCCCUUCCGUUGGCAGUGCUAAUGAGUGGCACUCCCCUUCCUGCAGCAGUAGUAAUGAGUGACACUCCCCUUCCUUCAGUAGUGGUAAUGAGCGACACUCCCCUUCCUUUGGUAGUGGUAAUGAGUGACACUCCCUUUCCUUUGGCAGUGGUAAUGAGUGACACUCCCCUUCCUGCAGCAGUAGUGAGUGACACUCCCCUUCCUUCAGUAGUGGUAAUGAGUGACACUCCCCUUCCUGCAGCAGUAGUAAUGAGUGCCACUCCCCUUCCUUUGGCAGUGGUAAUGAGUGACACUCCCCAUCCUGCAGCAGUAGUAAUGAGUGACAGUCCCCUUCCUUCAGUAGUGGUAAUGAGUGACACUCCCCAUCCUUUGGCAGUGGUAAUGAGUGACACUCCUCUUCCUGCAGCAGUAGUAAUGAGUGACACUCCCCUUCCUUUGGCAGUGGUAAUAAGUGACACUCCCCUUCCUGCAGCAGUAGUAAUGAGUGACACUCCCCUUCCUUCAGUAGUGGUAAUGAGUGCCACUCCCCUUCCUGCAGCAGUAGUGAGUGACACUCCCCUUCCUUCAGCAGUAGUAAUGAGUGCCACUCCCCUUCCUUUGGCAGUGGUAAUGAGUGACACUCCCCAUCCUGCAGCAGUAGUAAUGAGUGACACUCACCUUCCUUCAAUAGUGGUAAUGAGUGACACUCCCCGUCCUUUGGCAGUGGUAAUGAGUGACACUCCUCUUCCUGCAGCAGUAGUAAUGAGUGACACCCCCCUUCCUUUGGCAGUGGUAAUGUGUGACACUCCUCUUUCUGCAACAGUAGUAAUGAGUGACACUCCCCUUCCUUCAGUAGUAGUAAUGAGUGACACUGCCCUUCCUGCAGCAGUACUAAUGAGUGACACUCCCCUUCCUUCAGUGUUGGUAAUGAGUGACACUCCCCAUCCUGCAGCAGUAGUAAUGAGUGACACUCCCCUUACUUUGGCAGUGGUAAUGAGUGCCACUCCCCUUCCUUUGGCAGUGGUAAUGAGUGACACUCCCCUUCCUUUGGCAGUGGUAAUGAGUGCCACUCUCCGUCCUUUGGCAGUGGUAAUGAGUGACACUCCCCUUCCUGCAGCAGUAGUAAUGAGUGACACUCCCCUUCCUUUGGCAGUGGUAAUGAGUGCCACUUCCCAUCCUGCAGCAGUAGUAAUGAGUGACACUCCCCUUCCUUCAGUAGUGGCAAUGAGUGCCACUCCCCAUCCUGCAGCAGUAGUAAUGAGUGACACUCCCCUUCCUUUGGCAGUGGUAAUGAGUGCUACCCCCCUUCCUUUGGCAGUGGUAAUGAGUGCCACUUCCCUUCCUUUGGCAGUGGUAAUGAGUGCCACUCCCCUUCCUUUGGCAGUGGUAAUGAGUGACACUCCCCAUCCUGCAGCAGUAGUAAUGAGUGACACUCCCCUUCCUUCAGUAGUGGUAAUGAGUGACACUCCCCGUCCUGCAGCAGUAGUAAUGAGUGACACUCCCAUUCCUUUAGUAGUGGUAAUGAGUGACACUCCCCUUUCUUUGGCAGUGGUAAUGAGUGUCACUCCCCUUCCUUUGGCAGUGGUAAUGAGUGCCACUCCCCUUCCUUUGGCAGUGGUAAUGAGUGCCACUCCCCUUCCUUUGGCAGUGGUAAUGAGUGCCACUCCCCUUCCUUUGGCAGUGGUAAUGAGUGACACUCCCCUUCCUUUGGCAGUGGUAUUGAGUGACACUCCCCUUCCUUUGGCAGUGGUAAUGAGUGACACUCCCCUUCCUACAGCAGUAGUAAUGAGUGACACUCCCCUUCCUUCAGUAGUGGUAAUGAGUGCCACUUCCCUUCCUUUGGCAGUGGUAAGUGGAAGGCCAAAAUACUAG